GGAAAUGCCUGAGCCGUCGAAGUCUUCCAAGAAGGGCGCCAAGAAAGCCGUGUCCAAAGCGCAAGGCAAGGCUGGCAAGAAACGCAGGAGGGCGAGGAGGGAGACUUAUUCCAUUUACGUUUAUAAGGUAAUGAAGCAAGUUCACCCUGACACCGGCAUCUCCUCCAAGGCCAUGAGCAUCAUGAACUCGUUCGUGAACGACAUUUUCGAGCGCAUCGCUGGGGAGGCUUCCCGCCUGGCUCAUUACAACAAACGAUCGACCAUCACUUCUCGGGAGAUCCAGACCGCCGUGCGCCUGCUGCUGCCCGGAGAACUGGCCAAGCACGCUGUGUCGGAAGGAACCAAAGCGGUGACCAAGUACACUAGUUCCAAGUGAAGCGACUGAGUACUAAGAAAAACCCAACGGCUCUUUUAAGAGCCACUCACAGUUUCGGUUAAAGAGUUGUACUAAUAAUUCUAUAUUGGAUCGCUACAAGCCUGGCAUUAGAUGUAAUUACAUUAAUUUUUAUGUUGCGUAUUCUUUCAUUGCUCUACAAUGCCGUUCGCGCCCAAACGCGGAAAUUUUGCUCACUCAGUUUUCACACAAAGUUUUACACCUAGAGCGGAUUGAAGUGAAGAUGUUAGCUGUUACUGUGAAUACACCCGUGUUAUAAAUGGCUUGAAUUGUAUUUCAACCUGCGAUCACAAUAGAUUCACUCGAGUCCUUUCACAGAACCGACAGACUCUGCUCCGACUGCAGUUUUUCAGUGGUGACACGACGACAAGCUGAUGCGUCUACAUAUUGGACUAAAUUGGUUGCAUUCUGUGAAUCAGCCUUUAUUCCAAUAGAUUACAAGUGGAUUUGGGAAGUGGGGCAACAUUAAAUCUCUUUUAUGUGACGAAUCCACACACGGUCUUUAUCGUAAAUGAGUGUGGAAUCUGACGGUGAAAUCCUGUUCAUACAUCUAUUUUUAUUUUUGAUUAAUGGAUACAAUUAUAAUCUUGGCGGCAUUUGCAUAUUGUGGGGGCUGAAGUUAGUUGGAGAAUUUAUUUUUGUCACCUGUAUUGCUCCAGAAAGUACCGGGGCGAGCCCAAGAGAAUUUCCUCAUUAAUUUCCCUUUCUCAUGAACCUGUGAACACGGCCCACCUGGAACCACAGUCCUGCCCGGCACACCGCUCUUCGCCUUACCACCUGCUUUUCCUCAUUCACUCACUCUUGCAAAGUCCUUCACAAAGAAUGGCGAAAGCUUCCGGAUUCACCCUUUUUCUAGCUUCUGGGGGAAUGAGGAAGGGUACUUACGAUUGGUGGUGCAACGCUUUCUCAGAUUGGUUAUCUGGAAUAACCGAAUGAGCGAGC